AUGCGCGAAGUCUUGACUCACCACAAUUCGAUUCCAACAGAGGAAGAGGCCCUGCUGCUCGAGAUUGCCGAUCAAAAAGGCGUGAAGGACAACGAGGACGGACUAGAAGGCUGGACCGCCUACCAGCUCCUCAACAAGGUCAGUGAAGGAGCCACGCGGGGGUUCGAGGUUCUCACCCUUGCGGUAGAGGACAUCGUGGCCAGCCUUAGCAGCAAAGGCAGCCACAAGUUCAGGAUCAGAUGCUCAAACGUGACUCAAUGGAGAACGGAGGUCCAGCAGUGGCUCCAGGCCCAACGGGAUGAUGUUAUCCUGGUGCAGGAAACACACCUCAAUAGACCCUCCCUGCAAGCAGCGGUGGCCACGAUGCACAAGGCAGGCUAUCUCAUGGUAGGAGGGGAGGCAAUGUCCACGGGCAAACACGGCACGAAAGGCGGAGUCGCUGUGCUUACCAGGUCACACCUCCAAACCAAGCCGGCCCAGUUAUUUGUCAAGGAAGGGUGCGGUUUUUGCGCAGCGGAGAUCCGUCUCAAAGGAGUGAGCAUCCUCCUCCUCAGCCUCUACCUCAAGAAUUCCACCCCCGUCCAUUAUGAGCCUAAUGCUGAGAUUCUCGCAAGGCUCACGGCAUUAUUAAAGAGUUACCCGGGUCAAUGGCUGGUGGCGGGGGAUUUUAACGUGAGCCCUCGGGAGCUCGCAGACACCUCGCUUGUCUGUGAGCUAGGUGGCCAGGUCAUCACCACUGGCAGCCCCACGACCCAUGGCGGCACGGAAAUUGACUUCGUGAUUGCAAGCAAUGCCAUUGCUGGCAUGGUGUCAGUCACCUUAGACUGGGGUGCCCCGCAUAGGCCUCACGCCAGCCUGUGCAUUGAGAUCAACAUGCCGGGGCAGCUGGACAAGGUCCUUCAGCUCCCUAAUUUCCCGGUCUGCGAUGCUGUCCGUGACGGUCAGCUCCCAACGGACCUCCCGGCACCACCUUCAAUUGAGGUUCUAGGCCAGGAUUUUUCUCGGGACCCUAUGUCCGUCCGGUUUGGGGCUUUCUCUCAGUGGUGUCAAGCCGCCAUGUACCCUGAAGAAAAGACCCUACGCGGCUGCUCCCUUGGGUUCUGUAAGAGGGCUAGAAAGCCUAGUCAGCCUCUGCGCCAGUACUCCACACAAGCAGGCCUUUGGCUGCGGGUUGAAUCUUGGCUAAAUGCGGUGGCCAAAGCUGGGGUCCGGGUCAGCCAGCAAACCUGCACAAAGGUUCUGAACCAGCUGAAGUUCGAGGGAGAUCUGGCCGCCACCCAGGAUGAGUUUCGGGCUGAGCUGCUCGCCCAUUUUACGGAAAAAAGCAGCUUGUCUGCCACGAAGGAGGAGUUUUACAGGAAGCUAGUCGCCAAAGCCCAGUGUGACCACCUGGAGGAGGAAAAGGCCAGGUACCAAAGCUGGCUAGAAGGCGCCACUGUCAAAGGCAUGAGGCCUUUGUACAAAGCAAUCAGGUCUCACGAGCAAGUGUUGGUGCGGCCUUUUCAGGAUAAAGAGCCGGCGCUUCGGCCCUACCUCCGACUCUGCCAAUGGGAGCAAAUCUGGCAAAGUCGGAGUGUCCCCGUCGAGGACCCUCUCCAAGAGCUGUUUGACAAAGCAGUUGCCGAGGCGCGAGGGUUACCCCCGCUUACGGUGGAGGCUCUCCGCACCAGGCUGCAAUGCCUUCCUGAGAAGGCGCCUGGUCCAGACGGCUGGAAUAACAGGAUGCUCAAGCAGCUGCCCCCGGCAGGGCUCCAGCCUUUGGUGAACAUGCUCAACGACAUAGAGCAUUCUGGUCAGGCCCCAGGCCAGUGGCGAGUGGUACAAUUCGCUAUGCUUCCUAAGAAGCCUGAAAUCGAAAGACCAAUAGGUCUUUGUCACGUUGUUUACAAAGCCUGGCUCCAGGUGAGAUACUCCCUGGUAUCAGCGUGGCUCCGCAAGUAUGAGAGGAUGGCGCCGUGGGAUGCCGCAAAGCCCGACAGCACUUGCCUCAGUGUUGCUGUGCACCGCGUGUUUCAAUCUGAGAUCGCGAGAGCGACAGGGCAAAGCCGCAUCACGUGUUUCCUGGAUCUCGCCACCUUCUUCGAAACCAUAUCUCACCAAAGAUUGGCAAGGUCGGCUAUCGAGUUGGAAUACCCGGCGACCCUCCUCAACAUCGCCAUCCAGGUGUAUAAAGGCGCACGUGUGAUCACGGCAGAUUCCACCCAGUCACCCGCUACUUACUCCCCAAAAGGAGUAAUAGCGGGAUGCCCGGUGGCGCCCACUCUGUCUAAACUAGCGAUCCACGAGCCUUGUGCGCGGCUCAGUGCCUCAGGUUUGGUUUCCAACCUGAACACGUGGCUAGACGACAUCAGUCUGGAUGUUGCUGACUCCGAUGCUGAUCGUGCUGCAAGCCGUAGCGUCAGAGCUUAUAGGCUCAUUGCCGAAAGCCUGGGCAGCGAAGCACUGGUGCUUUCCAAGGCCAAAUCAGCCUUCGUAUGUAGCGAUAAAGCGGCUGAGAAAAGGCUUCGUGCCCUGCUCAGACCGGAUGAUCCUCCCAUUCUGAGUCUGAUCAGAGAUUUGGGUGUGGACUCCGCGGCUGCGCGCAGGCGCCGCGUUGCCGGCAGCAACGCCCGCCUGGCUAAGGCGCAGGGGCGAAGCGGCAAAUUGACAAGGCUCAAGCUUCACAACAAGCAAAAAAGAGCGCAAAUUGCCACGACAGGGGUCCUGACAGCGGCAACGUUCGGUCACCAGUGUCAGGGUUUUGCCCCUAAGAGAAUGAAAGUGCUCCGUGCAAUCGCCGGAGGACACUAUGCCAAAAUUCCGUUCGGUUCACUAGAUCUCCUGUUUGAUAUGGCAGAGUUCGGAGCAGGAGAUCCGCUCCCUAAGCUGAUACUGGAGCACUGGUCAAUGCUGAAGGAAUGUGUGGAGCGAAACCUUCCCGGCGCAAGCUACGUAAAGCGCACGUGGGCUGUUUCGUGGAACAAACUGGUCAACAGUAAGCAGCGGUGGUGUGCAGCAGCGGGGCCAAUCGCGUCCAUGCAAUGUUACUUGCUUGACAUGGGCUUUGAUGCCAGCUCAAUGGAUGUUUGGGAAAGACCAGGUCGAGUCAUCUCCCUGGAAUGGGGAACCCCUAAUGCGGGGCUCCGCGUCGCCCAGCAGCUCAGAGAGGCCCUCUUGGAUGAUCGGUGGGAACGCAUUUCAGUCCAAGAACAAGCCAAGGGCGUGGAAAAGGGCAUCGACUGGACCGUUGCAAGGAAAAUGCUCAAAAACUCUGACAAAAAACCGCUUGUUGCAUCCGGCCUCCGGAUGCUCUGGCAAGGGGCUGUCAGGAGAGCGAACCACGGAGGUGACCAGCAAUGCCUCAAGUGUGGUCUGCCGAACACAUUGAGGCAUGUCCUUAUCGAGUGCGUCCGUUGGGCCGAGCAUGACAUUGGCCCCGACCCUGCUUGGGACAUCGACUACCCGAAUCCCCCGCCCUGCUUUGUAGUUCGGGGGCUUGUCCCAAAAGAGGCUACAGUUCAUCCCCCCCUUACCCCUGAGCAGCUUCAGGUUCGAUGCUCGGGGGUUUUCGCAGGUGAGUUUCUCCCUGUGAGCGGCCUUUUCUACGGCACGGAUGCAUCAGGAGGCCCCAAAGGAGAGGAUGCUAGGCUCAGAGUGGUCUCCUGGGCUGUAGUGGCUAUCCGCAUUAAGCAAGAUGCAGACCCGCCCUAUGAGGUGGUGGGCACCAUGACUGGUUCCCUCCAGAUAGGAGCGACAGUCAAUGAAGGCGAAGCGAUUGCUCUCGACCAGCUCGCAGCCAUGGCUCCAGCUCAAGUCAACGUGGCGGUCGAUAGCAAGGUCGCCAUACGGUGGUGCAGAGCCUCCAGUGGCAAGCAACCCAAACCAGGCAUAUGGACUACCAGUGCCGAGGAGCGGGACAAGCUCCAACUCAACUGGACAAAAGGCCACAUGUCCCGCCAAGACCACGCCAACAGGUUUGGACAGCAGGCAGUGUGGGCAUGGUUUGCGAACGAAGAGGCUGACAGGCUAAGUGGGCUCAGAAGCGAGGAGGUCUUUUCGUAUGAGCAAGCCGCUAGAACAGCGGCUAUUGACCGUGCAACAAGGGGCCGCUGCGCCUGGCUUGGCAGAAGAUGCAGCCAUAUCCUUCAACACGACCCCGUUCCCACACGCAAGGAAGUCAAGUUUGAGGCUAUCCCGGUGAAAAGCAGGCAGACCAGAAAGCUGGACUUUAACAAGAGGCACGCCCUUCAUGCAGCCACCCAACAGCGCGACCCGGAGAUAGGACACAAUUGGGUACUUACCUCCUCGGCCAAGAACCUCAUCAUUAAGUGCCAGGAGUGCGGUUUGUACGCGCAACAAACCGAUCCAGGGGACAUCAUCAAGUUCGUCCUCCAGCAUCCCUGUAGGGGCAGAGAGGCCACGCCUGCAGCUGACUCGGGCAUUCAUUCCACGCAUUGUAUUGUCAACCAAGGGCGAAUGUGGCAAUGCUCCACGUGUAAUGUCUUAGAGAGCGGGUCUGUCCUUCCCACUGGCAAAGGAAAAGGCAAAAAAGGUGGCAAAAGCAAACGACCAGAGGAAGAACGUCAGCACGCCAGGGAGGUGAACGCCGUCAGGGCUUCCGACGGCAAGUCUUCGAAGUCCGUGGCCUCUGUAAGCCGGUCUAAGGCGCGCUCGCAGGCAUACCAUGCCAGCAUGCCACAGGCGGUCCCUGCUGCCAGCCUGGGCAAUCCAGCAGUCCUGCCGCCGGCGCCCCCGAAGGCGCCGCCUAGGCAACCGGUGUUGCUUACGGAGGGCCCAGGGGCCGGACACACUGGGGGAGCCAAGGGUGAGGUUCUCCCCUUGAGCUCCAAGGAAAGGCUCCAAGCUAUUUUCGCCAAAGCCAAAGUGCCAGUCCUCACGCAGCAUGACAAGGCAGAGCUGGAGGAGGCAGAUUCCAGCACACCGCCGAGAGCUCAUGAAGGGGGAGGGCUUCCCACCCUUCAUGGCAAGAGAGUGGUGCAAGGAGUUGCGCGCAACAAUCUCCUGGCGCUUCCCAAAACUUUGGGAUUCGAAUGGUGCCAAGGCGGCCCCUCUGGAGCUCUCCUUGAGUUUUUGGGCAAAGGCCAGGACAGAGUAGCGUACACCUCCCAAGACUUGGUGCUCAAGUUAUCUGAACAGCCUCAGAAACAGGAGCUCGUCUUCGCUAAUCUCCUGCCAGGCAUCGCUACGCCGGUUUUCUGGGUGGAGGAUGUUGAGGUCGUUCUCCACGGCGACAAAGGAGGCGAACAGCGCUUGCCAAUGACGCUCCUAUGCCAAAAGCCAGUGGUGUUGGCGGCGGAAGUUAUGGAGCAAAGGGGAGUCACUUUCUCCUUCAAGUUCAUGUGCCACGUUGGCUGCAUACUCACGUGGCUUUGGACCCAGAACCUCCACCUCUUGGACCUGGGAGAGUCCAAUAUGGGUAUGGAGGUUGCCUCUACGGCGGAGCCUUACCCGGCGCUCCGCUAUUUCGACCUUUUGUCUUGGAGGCGUCAGGCGAAGCCUGAGGCAAAGUGGCAUGGUUUCCACAAACUGGCGCAGAAAAUGUGCCCCAUGCAUGCCAACUGGAUCAGGACCGUCUGCUCUGAGGUCACGCAGGAUGCUCCGAAGGUCUUCCGCAGACUUGCUUCGGAGUGCCAAGGGUAUGUCGACCGCCUGCAACAAGCAGGGGUAAUGGUGGAUGGAGAGAUUUCAACCCGGCAAAUCUUUGGCAACCGCGGGUGA